UAUGUUAUUUGUUGAUUGUACUGCUUCCAAAUUGCCAAUCUAUCAACAAGUUUAAAAACGAGAUUAUUUAUUAGUAAAACAUUUACUAACACGUCAUCACAACAGCUAUUAAUUAUAAUGGCUAACUCUAAUUAUCUUUCAAUAUCUGAUAUUUUAGUUACUAAUGAGAAAGUGCCUUGCAAGUUUAUGUUCGAUUUACCUAAAAUGGGUUUCUUGGAUCCCUCCGCAACUGAAAGUGAUCUUAAAGCUGGAACUAAUAUAGAAAUUCCAUUAUGGCUGGCAGAGUCAUUGUAUACGAGACGACCUCCUUUAGUCAGCGUAGAUCUGCCUAAAAUAUAUAAAGAAACAUACAGAGAAAUACUUAAUGCUGAUGCAUGCACUGUAGAUAUGCACAAAUUGGGGCAACACUUUUAUGAACUGGGGUGUUACAUUGCAAAGCAUGAUAUCAAAGGCGAAGUUUCAUCAACUCUUUUAGAUACAUUCAGACAAAGAUUCAAAAUGAUUCUAUCAGCCAGUGUAUCAACUGAUUCUAUAAAUUCCGUACAACCUUUGUCAACGAGUGAACGUUCAAGGACAGAAGCAGCCGUAGUCACUGAGAGAGCCCUUUCAAGCUGGCUGAAGAUAGGUGACUGUCCUUUAACAACAGCUAACAUGGUAGAAAAUCACAGAAAACGGAAGAGAGCUGAAAUGGAAUUAUUGUAGAAAAUAUUUUGUAUACAAUAUUACAAUAUUGACUACCUUAUAUCAUAUUCCUUCACUUUUAAGUGCUUUCUCAGGAAGAAGCCUGUAAAUUUUUAGAUGAAAAAUCUCACAGCUGGGUAAAGGCUUUUGUUUAUAAUGUUUUACAGUGAAUUCUGUACUUUCCUGUAAAUAAUGUUGAAAUAGAAUAGUUCAAAGACAUAUGGGAACCUCUGCAAUAAAUUAUAUCAAGUUUAGAACGGAGUUUAUAAUCACCAAUGAUGUAAAAUAUUUUCUGUAAAUUAAAUUUUAAUUUUGAUAAAA